AUGUCGAGUGAUGGAAAGGAAAACAUCAGACAUGUCACAUGCACUAACCAUGCAGCCAGGUCUGAUAAAGACAUCUCCAGGAUAUGUCCUUCAAAACAGAGCAGGCGUGAACUGGAGGACAUUUAUUUUUCCCUACAAGAGAACAACACACAGCUGAAGAAGACCGUCAAUGGACAGCUGGAACAUAUCAAACUGUUGACCACGAAGGUCCAUAGGAUGACUGUACAGAAAAAUGCAUUUGUCAGUCAGAAUAAAGAAUGCUGCACUAGAGCUAAGGCAUUUCUUAGCGAGCAGAAAGAGACUAUAGAAAAUCUGAAGAAGACGAACGAGCGGCUCUCGGAUAGGAUCCGCAUCCUGAACAUGAGGCUAUGUUCAGCCAAGCAGUUCCUCAAGCGAAGUUCCACUCCGUCUGCAGUCCGAUGCAUCAAACUCACGCCAAACGCGUCUAUUAAACUUCUACUAAUAAAAUAUCAUACUUUAAACAGUGUCUUAUGUUUUAGAAAUUCAUCAAUAAUUGCUCUGAACACUAAGGAAAGUGAUCUGAAUGUAAGGACUGAAGCUAGCUCCAGCCAUUUACUGAAUAAGAGAGAAAGCACUACAAACAUUGCUGCAGAAAUGGAUUCCACUGAAAUCAAAGACGAGCCGUGCCAGCAAAACAAAUGUCGAACUACGAUCGACGAAUUAAAACAGAAGAUUGUAAAUCUGGAAGAGGAGUUAACAAAAACACAUGAACAAUAUUCUGAGCGUAUGUGUAAACUUGAGGAAGAGAUGCAAGAAUUGCGCGGUGAAAAUUAUAGAAUGAAAGCACUUAAAGCGGAGAGUGAACACAGAAUGGAAACAGAAGAGAAAAAAUCAGAAGGACUGUUGCAGAAACUACGUAAUACUGAAGCUCAGUGUGUGAACCUUGUAACAGAGCUACAAAUUGAGAAGAGUAAAGUAUUAGAGCUAGAAACUCAAGUGAAAUCAGCUGAUAUAUCGAGUCAGGUUGCUGAAGCUCUUGAAAAGCAUUUGAUUACUACAAUGAUGGCAGUAUUAGAUAAUUCUGACAUAUCACGAUUUGACCCAGGCCCCGAGAAAGAAAAGGUGGUGAACAAAAACUCUGAUGACUCCGGAUAUGCAGAUGACAAACAGGAAUCUCCAAAAGCCGAACAAAAUAUACUGGAUCAGAUAGCGAGUCUUCAAUCUCAGUUAAAUACUCUAAAGCUGUCGAUGAUAUUCUUCUCGUUCUUCGCCACACGAUGGUCCUAUAUCAUUGGAAGAUAUAAAUAG